GAGGUCCAUGAUGUUUGUAUGUACUCAUCUGAAAAGAAAGUUUCGAUCUUCUUGGGUUAGUUCUGUACCUCUCAACUUCAUGUCCAGCUCAAAAUAUGCCAUUACUUCCUCGUAGAAUUUUCUGAGUCAAUGUCAACUCGCAUGUUCUUCACCACCUGCUGAAUCAGAAUCUCUCAGCUCUUCAAACUCUUCAUAAUCUAACGUGUUUCUUGGUUUCUAAUGUUUCAGUUGCUUAUGAGGAGAGGGAGAUGAGCACGGUUUGAGCUUCGGAAAGUUGUUGGCAUGGCGAGCCACAGACUUGGAGAAACUGGUUUAUCAGAAGCGGGACCUUCAAGUCAUCAUCAUCACCAUCACCAUCACCAUGUUCCUUAUUCAGUUCUCGGAAUUAAUGCUUCGUCCUCCAGUUUCAUCAAUCAAGAAGGACCAGCUUUUGAUUUCGGAGAGCUAGAAGAAGCAAUGGUUCUGCAAGAAGUCAAUAUCAGAAAUGAUGCAGAUCAUAAAGCCUCUUUUUACUCAUCAGGAAGGCCUUCAGCUACUCUGGAAAUGUUCCCUUCGUGGCCAAUGAGAUUCCAGCAAACCCCAAGAGGAAGUUCAAGGUCAGUAGGAGAGAGCAGCGGUGACUCAGAAGGAUCGGGUGCGAACAACCUCAACACAACACCACUUUCUUCGAGCAAAACUGAGGCGCAGCUUGUACUAGAGUCGCCCAUCAGUAACAAGGCUUCUUCUUCUUCUUCUUCAGCUCAUCAUCAAAAGGCACAGCAACAAGAAAUGGCAAGCGUCGUCUCCCAAGAUCCACCUGCUUCUUCAAGAUCGGCCCAAGAUAAUAACAAGAAGAAGGGAACAGCUGGUACAACCUCCGAGAAACAUCUCGAUGCCAAGACAAUGAGACGUUUAGCUCAAAAUAGAGAAGCAGCUAGAAAAAGUCGUCUCAGGAAGAAGGCUUAUGUACAGCAGCUUGAAUCAAGCAGGAUCAAGCUUACUCAAUUAGAGCAAGAACUUCAGCGCGCAAGAUCACAGGGCUUGCUUUUGGGCUCUUAUGGCGGCGCCGGUGGAAAUAUGAGCUCCGGGGCUGCGGUAUUCGAUGUGGAAUAUGCAAGGUGGUUGGACGAUGAUCACCGGCACAUGUCGGAGCUCCGGACCGCAUUGAAAGCCCAUUUGUCGGACAACGAUCUGAGGAUGAUGGUGGAUGGUUACAUUUCCCACUACGACGAGAUUUUUAGGCUCAGGGGGGUCACCGCCCGAACCGAUGUCUUUCACCUCCUCACCGGCAUGUGGAGUUCUCCCGCCGAGCGCUGCUUCCUCUGGAUUGGCGGGUUCCGGCCCUCCGAUCUCAUCAAGAUGUUGAGACCCCAGCUAGACCCAUUGACGGAACAGCAGCUGAUGGGGAUAUACAGCCUCCAGCAAUCGUCGCAGCAGGCGGAGGAGGCGCUCUCGCAAGGCCUCGACCAGCUCCAGCACUCGCUCGUCGACACCGUCGCCGGCGGGCCCCUUGUCGACAGCAUGCAGCUGAUGGCCGUUGCCCUCGGCAGGCUCUCCAACCUCGAGAGCUUCGUUCUCCAGGCUGACAACUUGAGGCAGCAAACCCUUCAUCAGUUGUGGCGGAUAUUGACGGUCAGGCAGGCGGCGCGUUGCUUUUUGAUGAUCGGAGAGUACUACAGCCGGUUGCAAGCCUUAAGUUCGCUCUGGGUGUCUCGUCCACGGGAGAACUCGAUCAAUGACGACGGGUCGUGCCAAACGACAACGGAUCUGCAAGCGGUUCAAUCUGCUCAAAAUCACUUCCCUCCUUUCCGAUAGCCUACAGCUUGCGCGACGCAUUCAAGUGCAUACCUGCUUUAAUUACAAAAAUGUUGGCAAGGUUCCUAAGCCUUAGCUAAUUAGAGGGAAAAAAUAUAGCCGUUCUUCCUUCUUCUUUUUUCCAUUUCAGUUGCUUUAAUUAUCACGGUUUCUUUUAAGUUUCAUUAGUGAAUAUUAUGAUGUAAUCAUCUUGUAAAUGUGAAAUGCUCUGUGCAAAUUAGUUUAGAAA